AUGCCCCCCUCUCGCAUCCUCACAACCCCCCUUCGACUCCCCACUCUCCCCCGCCCGCUCUACCAAACAACCACAACCACUCUCACCCGGGCUAUUAGCACCACCACCUCCCUCAAAACCCUAAUAUCCGACUCCAUCCGCGCCGACCACCGCGCCCUGGAACACGCCUACACCCAAAUCCUCACCGCAAAAACCAACGACGAGAAAGCCCGCUGGCAGAACCAAUUCACCUGGGACUUAGCCCCACAUUCUAUCAGCGAAGAAAUCGUCCUUUAUCCGGCCAUGGAGACGCAUUUGUCUCGGGGGGGGGGGGGGGGGGAGGUCGCGGAGAAGGAUCGAGUGGAGCAUAAAAUUGUACAAGACCUCCUCUAUAAAUUCCAAUCAUUACAUCCUACUUCAGAGGAAUUUAUACCAAAUAUGUCAGCGCUGGAGAAGACAUUACAUAAAGACGAGUCGGGGAGGAUGGUAUCUUCGUUUGAUCGGACGAAGCGAUUCGUUCCCACGCGGAGUCAUCCCGCGGCGCCGGAUCGGCCGCCGUUUGAGACGGUCGUGGGAUUGAUGGCGGCGCCGGUGGAUCGGUUGAUGGAUUUGUAUAGGGAGUUUCCGGAAGAGGGGAGUAGGGGACGGACUUGAGAGUUUUGUUGGUAUGGGUUGUUUGGCAUAUUGAGUUUCAUCUGAUCAAGGGGGCAUAUUGACCUGCAAUAUGUUAC